CUUAUUUAUUUUCUUUUCAUAAAUCUUAAUGGUCAUCUUUACGUCUCUCUGUGGGUUUUGAAAUAUUUAUUUAAACCAGUGAAAAGUUUUAAAAAGAGCUUGUGGCUAAACCUUGUAACUCCAUUGGCUCUUCAAACUGUCAGUCAAACCUCACAACUCCACAGGCCUCUAUCGUAAAAGAAGUGCUACACGCCGUUUGAAGAGAGAUCUCUGCUUGUUUAUAAUAUUAGGGUAAGUAAACAAUUGUUUGUUUGAAUAAGUACAGCACUUUCUUUACUCAAUAAACACUAUAUCAUGUUGAUGUGUUUGAGGAGCAGAGAAGAGUGUCUUGCAUUUGUCACCAAGUCAUAGCCAGUCUUAAAUAGUCUGUGUGUUGCGUUCAUUACGUAAACAUGCUUAGUCACUCUUUGUAUUCGUAUUGCAUGUUCAAUGUUAAUCCAACCAAACGGCUUAGGUCUCCAUUCACUCAAACUCUUCUUGUGUCCCACUGUGAUAUCACUGUGAUCGCCGCAUUCCAUGAGUUCGAUCAGAACGUUCGAUGAGUAUAAGCUCGAGUGCAGAGGCAACAUUCCUUUUGUAGCGAGUCGGCGAGUGUUUUUCACAGUUACAGAUUGCAUAUAGUCAUUUCACCAUCACAUCAAAACAUAUAUUGGAGUAUGUCAACCAUGGCCAGUAUUUAUUCUGAUGAGCUCACCAUGGCCCUUGCUGCUGGAAAGUGGUGGGCGAUGGUGGAAAUUUCAUUCCCUAUAGCUGAGGAGCCCGAGUAUGGGGGCAUGUGGGGGGAUUUAGUGGAGGCACAAGACACUUCAUGCCCCACAUCCGUGGUCUUCAGUGAUGCAUCUGAGAAGGCCCAGAGAAGGUCCCAGCACUCUGGCUUCUCAGAUGCAACACAGAAGAACACAAAGCAGUCAAGGCAGAAGAUUGCUCUGGGAGGACCUGUCCCUGCCAGGUCCAAACAGGGAGCAUCUGUGCCUGAUUGGUCCCCACAUGGGACACCUGUGGCUGCUCCAAAGGGCAAUGCAGGUGUGGACCCAAAAGGUGUGCCGGUGCAUUCUGGGACACCACAGCGAGCACCUGUGCUUCAUGGGUCCCCACAUGGGACACCUGUGGCUGCUCCAAAGGACAAUGUAGGUCUGUGUCAGGCACCUCCACAAAAACUACAUGUGGAAACUGACAACCUAAAUGAAAAGGCGCAGCAGCAGAAAUUUAAUCUGGAGAGCCAUCAAGCUUCUCGGAGGAGACCGGAAAUUCGGAGCAGCCUUCGGCGUGGGUCCCAGCUGAGCCGCAAAAAGACAUCGGACAAUGCAGGUGUGGACCCAAAAGGUGUGCCGGUGCAUUCUGGCAACCCACAGGAAGCACCUGUGCCUGAUGGGUCCCCACAUGGGACACCCGUGGCUGCUCCAAAGGACAAUGUAGGUCUGUGUCAGGCACCUCCACAAAAACUUUAUGUGGAAACUGACAACCUAAAUGAAAAGACGCAGCAGCAGAAAUUUAAUCUGGAGAGCCACAACCAUCAAGCUUCUCGGAGGAGACCGGAAAUUCGGAGCAGCCUUCGGCGUGGGUCCCAGUUGAGCCGCAAAAAAACAUCGGACAAUGUAGGUGUGGACCCAAAAGGUGUGCCGGUGCAUUCGGGGACCCCACAGGUAGCACCUGUGCCUGAUGGGUCCCCACAUGGGACACCCGUGGCUGCUCCAAAGAUGCUAUAUGUAGAAACUAACAACCUAAAUGAAAAGACGCAGCAGCAGAACUUGAAUCUGGAGAGCCACAAUAAUCAAGCUUCUCGGAGGAGACCGGAAAUUCGGAGCAGCCUUCGGCGUGGGUCCCAGUUGAGCCGCAAAAAAACAUCGGACAAUGCAGGUGUGGACCCAAAAGGUGUGCCGGUGCAUUUGGGGACCCCACAGGUAGCACCCGUGCCUGAUCGGUCCCCACAUGGGACACCCGUGGCUGCUCCAAAGGUGCUAUAUGUAGAAACUAACGACCUAAAUGAAAAGACGCAGCAGCAGAACUUUAAUCUGGAGAGCCACAAUAAUCAAGCUUCUCGGAGGAGACCGGAAAUUCGGAGCAGCCUUCGGCGUGGGUCCCAGCUGAGCCGCAAAAAAACAUCGGACAAUGCAGGUGUGGACCCAAAAGGUGUGCCGGUGCAUUCGGGGACCCCACAGGUAGCACCUGUGCCUGAUGGGUCCCCACAUGGGACACCCAUGGCUGCUCCAAAGGACAAUGUAGGUCUGUGUCAGGUACCUCCACAAAAACUUUAUGUGGAAACUGACAACCUAAAUGAAAAGGCGCAGCAGCAGAACUUUAAUCUGGAGAGCCAGAACCAUCAAGCUUCUCGGAGGAGACCGGAAAUUCGGAGCAGCCUUCGGCGUGGGUCCCAGUUGAGCCGCAAAAAAACAUUGGACAAUGUAGGUGUGGACCCAAAAGGUGUGCCGGUGCAUUCGGGGACCCCACAGGUAGCACCUGUGCCUGAUGGGUCCCCACAUGGGACACCCGUGGCUGCUCCAAAGGUGCUAUAUGUAGAAACUAACAACCUAAAUGAAAAGACGCAGCAACAGAACUUUAAUCUGGAGAGCCACAACAAUCAAGCUUCUCGGAGGAGACCGGAAAUUCGGAGCAGCCUUCGGCGUGGGUCCCAGUUGAGCCGCAAAAAAACAUCGGACAAUGUAGGUCUAUGUCAGGCACCUCCACAAAAACCAUGUGUAGGAAACUAACAACCCAAAUGAAAAAACGCAGCAGCUGAAUUAUAAUCUGGAGAGCCACAACCAUCAAGCUCCUCAGAGGAGACAGAAAAUUCAGAGCAGCCUUUGGCGUGGGUCCCAGCUGAGCCGGAAAAGAGCAUUGGACAAUGCAGGUGUGGACCAGUCACCCCCACAAAAAAAGCAGCGCAUGGCAAUCAGCGCUGACCAACAGUCAGAGCAAGGCAGCUUAGAUCAAAUGGACUAUUUAUGUAGCAUGUUCACAAAGUUUUGUGUAAUUUCAAAUAUUUAAUAUUUAUAUUAAAAUAUUAAAUAAUAUAAAUAUUAAAUAUUUGAAAUUACACAAAUUUAUGUUUAUUUAAUAUUUAUGUGAAUGUUUGUUUAAUCAAUAAAUA